ACUGAACACAUUCCGCAUACGGCAUCCGUGCCAGGCUCCAAAAGAGGGAGAUGAUAAUGUAAUUGCCAAAAUGCCCAGAAGUUCCUCCGAGCACAGACUGAAAAGAGGACAGGAGCAGGGAGGCUCUAAAAUCAGAGAGUGCAUCACAUAUUAAAAAGUAACUUUUCGGCAGCGCACUGCGAGGCUGAGCACCAGGCAGAGAAGGGGAGCACGCAGCCACAUGGUAUAUUCCUGCCUCUGCCUCUCUCCUCUCUCUCUUUUGGUCCUUCUCUCCGGCUUUCUCUCCCACCUCCUCUCCCCGGUGCUGCCUUCCCCUCUCCCCCUGCCGCAGGCUGCAGAAUGGGACACGCUUGUUCCCCAGCCAGCCGGCAGCUGUCACACAGCGGAGGCAGCCAGCAGCCGGUGCGAAGAGUGAGCCUACUCUGUCAUUUAGGAUGACUCACUGGAAUCUGGCAUUAAUUUCUCUUUUUCUGAUAGUGGACGGAGAACAACCAAAAAGCUACACUGGACUAGACCAAGGGGAAGGAGGCAAGACACAUGACAAAAAUCAUAGAGUGAAAUAGCUGGAAGUCCACCCACUGGGAAAGGCUGGAUGGCAGAACCACUGUGCAAUGCUGCUGUAAAGAAAUGCAAAGAAACUAUGCCCCAGACACCAAUAUUUUCCAGCAUGCUUGGUUCCAGUUGUAGUGGGCAAGUGCAGCCAGACAUGGGAGAGAGAUGUGUGGACCCCGUUUAUCAGGAUGGGAACCUUGUUUCUGGAUCACUGGAGGCCUUGAUAGAGCGCCUGGUGCCCACCAUGGACUAUUAUCCAGAUAGAACUUACAUCUUCACUUUCCUAUUGAGCUCUCGAGUCUUCAUUCACCCACACGAGCUCCUGGCUAAAGUGGGACAGAUCUGCAUUAAACAGAAGCAGCAGCUGGAAACGGGGACUGAGGCAGAAAAGGCAAAACUAAAAUCCUUUGCUGCCAAAAUCAUUCAGCUGCUGAAGGAAUGGACUGAAACUUUCCCCUAUGAUUUCCAAGAUGAAAAAUCCAUGAAAGAAUUGAAGGAGAUUGCUCACAGGAUCACACAAUGUGAUGAGGAAAAUGGGACAGUGAAGAAGAUCAUUAGCCAGAUGACACAGAAUCUCCUGAUGGCCCUCUCUGCACGGAGCCAAUACCAGGAAAUCAGAGAGAAAUUCCGGCAACCCGUUACUGACAAAGGCACCAUCCUCAAAACCAAGCCACAGUCAACUCAAAAGGACAUCCUGAGUGUGUGCUGUGACCCUCUGAUCUUGGCACAGCAGCUGACCUACAUUGAACUGGAAAGGGUGAGCAACAUUUACCCAGAGGAUCUGAUGCAGAUUGUGAGCCACAUGGACUCCCUGGAUAAUCACAAGUGCCGAGGUGAUGUGACCAAAACCUAUAACUUGGAGGCCUAUGACAAUUGGUUCAAUUGUCUCAGCAUGCUGGUGGCUACAGAGAUUUGUCGGAUUGUGAAGAAAAAGCAGCGCACAAGAAUGGUGGAGUUUUUCAUUGAUGUGGCAAGAGAAUGCUUCAACAUUGGAAACUUCAACUCAAUGAUGGCUAUUAUCUCUGGCAUGAACUUGAGUCCUGUGGCACGGUUAAAGAAAACUUGGUCCAAGGUCAAAACAGCCAAAUUUGAUGUUUUAGAGCAUCACAUGGAUCCAUCCAGCAACUUCUGUAACUACCGCACAGCCCUGCAAGGAGCAGCACAGCGAUCUCAGACUGCCAACAGCAACCGGGAGAAAAUAGUCAUCCCAGUUUUCAACCUCUUUAUUAAAGAUAUCUACUUUCUACACAAAAUACACACGAACCGCUUGCCCAAUGGGCAGAUAAAUUUCAAGAAGUUCUGGGAAAUUUCAAGACAGAUUCAUGAUUUCCUGACAUGGAAGCAGGUUGAGUGUCCUUUUGAAAAGGACAAGAAGAUCCAGAGCUAUCUACUCACAGCACCCAUUUAUAGUGAAGAAGCUCUGUUCAUUGCAUCCUUUGAAAGUGAAGGUCCAGAAAACCACAUGGAAAAAGACAGCUGGAAAACACUCAGGACAACUCUGCUUAAUAGAGCCUGAGAUUUUUGGAUCUGAUUUGCAGACUUUGAAGCACACCUAAUGAACAUGUUUUUACAACAUGAAUGAAAGACUUGGACUGUGCUAAGAAAGACCUCACUGGAUGAGGUCUGUUUUGUAUAUACAGUAACUUUUAUGAAAUAAAAUGUGGUAAAUAUUUCACAUGUCAACCUUAAGGCACUUACUGAAGGGUUUUGGUUUUUUAUUUUAAAUAUAAGGGCAGGGCCCUGUUCUCAGAGAUGAAAUGUAUCAUGGGAGAUGGUAUCCCUGGGGAGAUCUUAUUCUAUCAGCAUCCAAAUUUUUAUUUUUUGUUACUUCCACCAAAAUAAGUAAAAAUUAAAACACACAUCCAACUGAAGCCAGUGUUCAGGUUAAAUACUCCAUUGGACCAGUAUCCUACAGAACACUCAACACGUCUCUAGCUUUGAAAUUAGCAAAACUGUUCACAGGUGUUAGUAAGUGUCUGUAGAGUCAAGGCCUUUGACAUCUGCAGUAAGCAUGUUCCUCUCCUACAUCAGAAAAUAGUGCCUUACAAGGUACUGAUCUCGUUUAGUGUACCUUAUUACGCUGGACUGGAAGUAAAGGAAAUAAAAAUAUGGAUGUCUCGAAACCAGCUACAAUGUACUUUUUAAAUAAAAUGGAGAAUUAUGGCACAUGAAGUAGAGUAUACCUGCCUGUGACACUGAUGGUGCAGCAAACCUAUUUUUGUUACAUGAUUUAAAGAGAUAAGACGGGAUAACUGCUGGGGUAUGUGCGUUUGUGUGUGAGUAUGUGUGCGUGCACAUGUGAUGAUGCACACAUGUCUAAGUUUUAAUACUUCUGGGAACUAUCCUUUAAAUUCUGGCUGUCAGAGUAGUUUGUGUUUUCCUUUUGAAAAAUCAGGGAUUUUUUUGUUUGUUUGUUUGAAGAGAAGGAUGUCUAACCUAGAUUAUCUCUGCAAAACAGGCCUAGUACUUUGUUUUAAAAAGAGUUUUUGGAAAAGAAAAAAAAUCAUCAUGGGCUAGGGAAAGGGAAGUAAACUCAGAUGUCCGAUUUGAAGUUAAGGCUAAAGUUUCCAAAGAAGCUUAAGAGUUCUUCACCACUGAAUUGGUCAUUUAAUUCCCUUGGUUCCUUUGAAAAGUCUAGUCUGCACUUACAGACAAUUAAAACAGAGACCAAUUUAGGAUGCAAGCUUUUUCUAGCCUUUUGCAAGGCAUGUCUGGGCCAGAACCCAUUGAAAUUUAAGGGCAAACACCAUAAGAAAUUAAUCAAACCUUUGAACCCAGGUCAGUACCAAAAUUAGAGGUGAUCUGCAAACCCAUUUCUAGUUUCUCCUUCUAGUCUUGAGUUUACACCUAAUUCAGCUAUUCAAAUUAGUACCUGAAGAGCUUAUGUUAAGAUUCAAGGUAUUCAUUUCCAGGAAAGAAAAAUAUAUAGUUCAGAACUUAUUUUCUCAUCUGAUCUCUGAAUUAAGAAAAAAAAUAAGCUCAGAUUAAAACUAUUUUGUCUAAUGAACAAAUUAUUACUCACAAAUACCUACUUGUCCCUUCCAGUAAUUGUUCUCUUAAGGCUUGAGGGCAGAAUGUAAAAUAAUGACUUGAGCCAGAUGAUUAGAUUGAGGGUUUUAAUUGGGUUUUUGUUUGUUUGUUGGGUUUUUUUGGUUGUGUUUUUUUUUUUAACCAACAAAAAACAAGUCCCUCUAGAGUUGACAGUGGUUACAGCCUCCCUCACAGAGCAUUGCAGAAGACCUCUGCAAGGACUUCUUUAAAAAUGACCAGCUCUAGGUAGACAGUGUUUAUCUUAUUCUGCCUUCUGUUGAAGAAGGGGCAAGACUUCCUGGACUGAGGGUCUGGUUUAUUCCAGUUCAGUAGACUCUUCCUGCUUGAGUGCCUACAACCAAGAGCAGUGCCACUGUUUCAUGUAGCAUCUGCAAUCGCUUAGUAGAAAUUUGCUGUAUUGGCCCUGUAGUACGGUGAAUAAUUAAGAAGAGCUUUCCCUCUUUCACUUCCCCCUUGACAAAUACUUAAAAUUAGGAGAGUAAGUCGAGGUAAGGAAGGGAGACAAAUCAACAUUUUCCUAUUCCCAUAGCAUUGACAUCAAAGAGAAACAAAAGCAAGUUUAUACCAUGAGGAAGGUAGAAGUAGAAUACUAACUGUUAACAAGAACAACCCAGGAAAGGGGAAGGAAUAAUUCUUAUGACCUGCUGCUAUUUUUCCUGUGCUGAAGUACUGACCUCUUCAGCCCUGGAUUACAGUAAGAAUAUUUAUACUGUAUUAUUACAGUGUUUUGCACUUUCAGAGAUGUUCUAGCUAGUAACAUUGUCAGACACUAUAUGAGGGAUUGUAUAUCAGCUUUGUUUAUGUAAUUGAAGUUUAAAAAGGGAUGCUUAAAAUUUAAGAAAAAAAUAUAUAUUUGAAAUGCAAUUUUAGAACACUUUCUGUAAAUGUAUAAAAGAGCUUUCACAUGAAUGUGCACUUCACCGGUCAAUCAGUCCAAGUAUAUACUUGAAAACCAUGCAGUAUCUACAUUGGCUCCUUUUUAUUUCUCCUCCUCAGUUUGAUACAUUCCUUAAAUACCGUGUUUUGCUAUUCUGAGCUGAAAUGCUAAAUAUAAUGCUGUACCAUAAAGCAGGAUAUUCUGUGUUUGACUGGAUGUGCUUGCAUUAAUAAAAAAAGAAACUUGCUUCAACCAGGA